AUGCUAUUCUCUUUGCUUUUUAUUUCCUGGUUUUUACAGAUGCCAACUCUCAUAUGGAUCAUUGCAACCCCUUCCUGCCUAAAUGAAACAAAAUACCAUUUAUACUAUAAUGGGACUGUGAUAAUUGGUGCAUUUUUCCCUAUUUAUCAAUUAUACCUAGAGAUGAACUCAGACUGGAAAACAUCUUUUGACACAGAAUAUGAUUUAAUGAUCCAAGGACAAAACUACCAGCUUGUUUUGGCCAUGUUAUUUGCCAUCAAUGAGAUCAACAGGAACUCACAUAUUUUGCCAAACAUCUCUCUGGGGCUUGAGAUUUAUAAUCUGCCAUUUUAUGAAAGGAAUGUUCUGAGGAGUGUAUUCAAUUGGCUCACAGGCUUGGGCACCUACAUCCCUAAUUACAGCUGUAGAGAAGAGAGCAAAUCAGCCGCUGUGCUUACAGGAAUUAGCUGGAAAACAUCUGAAAAUAUCGGGAGAGUGCUGAAUCUUUACAAAUUUCCACAGGUUACAUAUGGGGCUUUUGAUGAUCUUCUUACUGAUAGAAGUCAGUUUCCAUAUCUGUACCAGGUGGCCCCCAAAGAAUCAUCACUAUUGUGCGGUAUCACCUCAUUGAUGCUUCAUUUCAACUGGACCUGGGUGGGACUGUUCAUCACAGAUGACCACAGAGGUGCUCAGUUUCUGUCAGACUUGAAAAAGGAGCUGGAAAAGAAUAAAGUCUGCUUAGCUUUUGUGUGGACAGUAUCAUUUAUAGGGGAAUCCAUAUAUUAUUUGUCAAGUGAGCUUAGGGUGUAUAUUCUCGAGCCAUCAGCAAAUGUGAUCAUAAUUUAUCCAGACAUUCCUUUGAUAAUAUCUCAGAUAGGAAAUGGGCAUAGUAAGGAUCUACUGAGAAGAGUUUGGAUCAUGAACUCAAAAAGGAUUGGCCUGAAAUUUAUAGAAUAUAAUCUGUUAGAUUCAUCCCAUGGGACUCUCACAUUUUCACCCCAUCAUGGAGAGAUUCUUGGUUUCACAAAUUUUAUGCAGGAAGCUACCCCUAUCAAGUACCCAGAAGACACUGUUCUUCAUGUCUUGUGGAAUUGGUACUUCAACUGCUCACUUUCGCAUUCUGAUUGUAAAAUCGUGGAAAAUUGUAUGCCCAACGCCUCAUUGGAAUUGCUGCCAGGUAAAAUGUUUGAAAUGGUAAUGACUGAAGAAAGUUACAAUGUGUACAAUGCUGUGUAUGCAGUUGCCCACAGUCUCCAUGAGAUGAUUGUCAAUCAAUUCCAAAUUCAACUCCAAGCAAACAAAGAUAGGAACACAUUAUUGCCUUGGCAGCUUCACCCUUUUCUGAAGAACAUUCAAGUGAAAAAUUCUGUUGGUGAUGAUGUGGUCCUGGACUGGAAAAGGAAGAAAGAUCCCGGGUAUGAUAUUACCAGCCUUUGGAAUUUCCCAACAGGUCUUUCACUAUUUGUGAAUGUGGGCACAUUUUCUCCAAGGUCUUCCCAGGGCCAACAACUGUCAUUAUCUGAACAUAUGAUACAAUGGCCCAUAGUAUUUACAGAGCCCCCACAGUCUAUAUGCAGUGAGAGCUGCAUGCCUGGAUUUAGGAAAAUCAUCCCAGAGAGAAAACAUUCCUGUUGCUUUGACUGCAUUCCUUGCCAAGAAAAUGAGAUUUCCAACGAGACAGAUAUGGAUCAAUGUGUGAAAUGUCCAGAAACUUAUUAUGCAAACGCAGAAAAGAGACACUGCCUCAAGAAAACUGUAACAUUUCUGUCCUAUAGCGAUCCCUUGGGGAUGGGACUCACAAUCAUGUCUGUGGGAUUUUCUGCACUCACAGCUCUUGUUAUUUGGGUCUUUGUAAACCACAGAGACACUCCAAUUGUGAAGGCCAAUAACAGAUCUCUCAGUUACAUCCUGCUCAUCACUCUGAAACUCUGUUUCCUCUGUCCAUUGCUCUUCAUUGGCCUUCCAAACACUGCCAUAUGUAUCCUACAGCAGAACUUAUUUAGACUCCUGUUUACAGUGGCUCUAUCUAGUGUGUUGGCCAAAACCAUCACUGUGGUUAUGGCCUUUGAGAUUACUGAUCCAGGAAGAAAGGCAAGCUGGUUGCUGAUAUCACGGCUCCUGAAUUUUAUCAUUCCAAUCUGUACCCUGAUACAAAUGCUUUUUUCUGGUAUAUGGCUGGUCACAGCUCCUCCAUUUGUUGACAUGGAUUCUCAUUCUGAACAUGGACAUAUCAUCAUUCUAUGCAACAAGGGCUCAUCUCUUGCCUUCCAUGGCACUCUGGCCUACUUGGGUGUCUUGGCCUUUAGUAGCUACUUCAUGGCUUUUUUGUCCAGGAAUCUGCCUGACAUAUUUAAUGAGGCCAAGUUCCUGGCUUUCAGCAUGCUGGUGUUUUGUAGUGUCUGGAUCACCUUCCUUCCUGUCUACCACAGCACCACAGGGAAGGCCAUGGUGGUUAUGGAAAUUUUCUCUAUCUUGGCUUCCAAUGCAAGCAUUCUAAGCCUAAUCUUUGCUCCAAAGUGCUAUGUUAUUUUGUUCAAAUCAGAGGAAAACACACUUCAUCAAAUCAGGAAUAAAAGACAUCAAAGGAGCAAAAUUUGCUUAAAAAAUAGUUUACAUGAGUCUUCAAGUAAACUGAAUAUUACUAGUUAUCUAUCACACUAG